CCAUAUUCCAAAGAUGACUGUCGAAACCGAGACCUUUUCUUUCCAGGCUGAGAUCUCUCAGUUGAUGAGCUUGAUCAUCAACACCUUCUACUCUAACAAGGAAAUUUUCUUGCGUGAGUUGAUCUCCAACUCUUCCGAUGCUAUCGACAAGAUCCGUUACCAGUCUUUGACCGACUCAUCCCUCUUGGACUCCGAGAAGGAGCUCUUCGUCCGUAUCACCCCCGACAGAGAGAACAACAUUCUCUCCAUCCGUGAUUCCGGUAUCGGUAUGACCAAGGCUGAUCUCGUCAACAACCUCGGUACUAUUGCCAAGUCUGGUACCAAGGCUUUCAUGGAGGCUCUCUCUUCCGGUGCUGACAUUUCCAUGAUUGGUCAGUUCGGCGUCGGUUUCUACUCUGCCUACCUUGUUGCCGACAAGGUCCAGGUCAUCACCAAGCACAACGAUGAUGAGCAGUACAUCUGGGAGUCUGCUGCCGGUGGUUCCUUCACCAUCACCCGUGAUGAGGUCAACCCCUCCAUUGGUCGCGGUACUGAGAUGCGCCUCUUCAUGAAGGAGGACCAGCUCGAAUACCUCGAGGAGAAGAAGAUUAAGGACAUCGUCAAGAAGCACUCCGAGUUCAUCUCCUACCCCAUCCAGCUCGUCGUCGAGAAGGAAGUCGAGAAGGAGGUCUCCGAUGAUGAAGAGGAGGUCAAGGAAGGCGAGAAGCCCAAGAUUGAGGAAAUCGAAGAUGAGGAUGACAAGAAGGACAAGAAGAAGAAGACCAUCAAGGAGAAGUCCACCGAGACCGAGGAGCUCAACAAGACCAAGCCCCUCUGGACCCGCAACCCCGAGGAUGUCAAGGCUGAUGAGUACUCUCAGUUCUACAAGGCCCUCACCAACGACUGGGAAGACCAUCUUGCCGUCAAGCACUUCUCUGUCGAAGGUCAGCUCGAGUUCCGUGCCAUCCUCUUCAUCCCCAAGCGUGCUCCCUUUGACAUGUUCGAGACCAAGAAGAAGCGUAACAACAUCAAGCUCUACGUCCGUCGUGUCUUCAUCAUGGACGACUGUGAGGACCUCAUCCCCGAGUGGCUCAACUUCGUCAAGGGUGUUGUUGACUCUGAGGAUCUCCCCCUCAACAUCUCCCGUGAGAUGCUCCAGCAGAACAAGAUCCUCAAGGUCAUCCGUAAGAACCUCGUCAAGAAGUGUCUCGAGAUGUUCGCUGAGAUCGCCGAGGACAAGGAGAACUUUGACAAGUUCUACGAGUCCUUCUCCAAGAACCUCAAGUUGGGUAUCCACGAGGACACCCAGAACCGCGGUAAGAUCGCCGAGCUCCUCCGUUACUCCUCUACCAAGUCUGGUGAGGAGUUGACCUCCCUCAAGGACUACGUUACCCGUAUGCCCGAGAAGCAGAAGAACAUCUACUACAUCACUGGCGAGUCCCGCGCUGCCAUUGAGAACUCUCCUUUCCUCGAAGGUUUCAAGAAGAAGAACGUCGAAGUCUUGUUGAUGACCGACCCCAUUGAUGAGUACAGCACUCAGCAAUUGAAGGAGUACGAUGGCAAGACCCUCGUCUGCAUCACCAAGGAAGGUGUUGAGAUCGAAGAGGAUGAGGAGGAGAAGAAGGCCCGUGAAGAGGAGGAGAAGAAGUUCGAGGGUCUCUGCAAGGCUGUCAAGGAGAUCCUUGGCGAGAAGGUCGAGAAGGUCGUCAUCUCCAACAAGUUGACUGACUCUCCCUGUGUCCUCACCACUGGUCAGUUCGGCUGGUCUGCCAACAUGGAGCGUAUCAUGAAGGCCCAGGCUCUCCGUGACUCUUCCAUGUCCUCUUACAUGGCUUCCAAGAAGACCUUUGAGUUGAACCCUGAGCAUGCCAUCAUCAAGAGCCUCGCCACCAAGAUUGCUGCUGACAGCAACGACCGUUCCGUCAAGGAUUUGACCACUCUCCUCUACGAGACCUCUUUGUUGACCUCCGGUUUCUCCCUUGAUGAGCCCAGCUCAUUCGCCAACCGCAUUCACCGCAUGGUUUCCCUCGGUCUCAGCAUCGAUGAGGAGGAGCUCCCUACCCAGAGCAACUCUGAAGUCCCUGCUCUCGAGACCAUCGAGACCUCCAAGAUGGAGGAAGUCGAUUAAAUAUAUAUCAUAAACCACAAACAUCGAUUAUCUUCAUUACCAUUGUAAAGAACUCUAUAAAAAUUCCAACAAGAUUGUAUAGUUUCUAUAGCUAUUUAUCUUUUCCGCCUCUAUCUAUCUCUCUCUAUUUCUCUAUCUCUUUCUGUGUCUAUCUCUUAUUUACUUCAUUUCAGACUGCCCUUUAUUUUAAAUAAAAAAUAGUAUAAAAAAAUAAAAUAAAGAAAACUGGGACAAUCAAUUCAAAACUUGAACUCUUUCAUUGCUUUUUCUAUUCCGCUCUUCCUUCCGCUUAAUUUUUUUCCUUUCUUUAAAUUUCAUUAUAAUUCAUGGAACCUCCUCCUGUAACGAAUGGUCUAGUCAUUGCUGGCUACUUCCCCAACUGAUUUUUGAUUGUCAUAGUAAUUGUUCUUUGUAUUCGCAAAAUAUAAAAUAUAAAUAGGGCAAUAUACGCCCGAAACUUC